AGAAUGUGUCUAGACUCCAUCCUCACCACUGUCUCGUUUUUAUUUUCAACUGACCUGAAGCCAGCCACUCAAAAUUUCCAAAAAGUUGGACAAUUUUCCAUGACCAAAAUGCAUGAAAGCUAAGCGUUUUCGAACAAAGUGCAUUCGUACUAUGAGAGAUUUAAUGCGGCAGCUUGGAAAUGUAUGAGUCAAGUCACAGCACACAGAAAAGUUGUUCGUUGUGACAAGUACGUAAAAUGCGAGAAAAGUUGGUUAAAAAUUGAAUUUAUUGAUAAACGAUAAGUAAAACGAAAUGGAGUUGGUAAAUCAGCCUGUAGUGAUUGAUAAUGGUUCCGGUAUUAUCAAGGCCGGAUUUGCUGGAGAUUCCGUUCCUAAAUGUCGGUUUCCUAAUUAUGUGGGCCGUCCAAAGCACGUUCGAGUGAUGGCCGGAGCUUUGGAGGGUGACCUUUUCAUCGGUCCCAAGGCGGAAGAGCACAGGGGCCUGUUGGCCAUCAAGUACCCGAUGGAACACGGCAUCGUCACGGAUUGGAACGAUAUGGAGAGAAUUUGGCAAUAUGUGUACAGCAAAGAUCAGCUGCAAACAUUUGCUGAAGAGCACCCCGUUCUCCUCACGGAAGCGCCCCUCAAUCCGCGCAGGAACAGGGAGAAGUCGGCCGAGAUCUUUUUUGAAACGCUGAACGCUCCUGCCUUAUUUUUGUCGAUGCAGGCAGUUCUAAGCUUAUAUGCAACUGGGAGGACGACGGGCGUGGUGCUGGACGCCGGAGAUGGUGUGACCCAUGCAGUGCCUAUUUACGAAGGUUUCGCCCUGCCACACAGCAUCAUGAGGGUGGAUUUAGCUGGGCGAGAUGUGACGAGAUAUCUGAGGUUUCUUCUACGCAAGGAAGGAAUCAAUUUUAGGACAUCGUCAGAGUUUGAAAUAGUACGGACGAUUAAGGAGCGAGAGUGUUACCUAUCUGCGAAUCCAUCCAAGGACUCUGACCCGGAUGCGGAUAAGCGAAUUUACAAGCUACCAGACGGUAGUCAGCUUGAUAUUGGCCAGGCUCGCUUCCGAGCUCCGGAGGUUCUGUUUCGACCAGAUUUGAUCGGAGAAGAGUGUGAAGCUAUGCAUGAAGUUUUGCUGUUUUCCAUACAAAAGUCGGACACGGAUUUGAGGAAAAUUCUCUUUCAAAAUAUCGUGCUAUCCGGUGGCUCGACUUUAUUUAAAGGUUUUGGUGACCGUCUGUUAUCUGAAGUGAGAAAACAAGCACCAAAGGAUAUCAAAAUCAAGAUUUCCGCACCUCAGGAACGUCUAUACUCGACCUGGAUCGGUGGCUCGAUAUUGGCGUCGUUGGACACGUUCAAGAAAAUGUGGGUUUCGAAACGGGAAUUUGAAGAGGAAGGCCAACGCGCUAUUCACCGAAAAACAUUUUGAUUUUGGAUCUUUAUUUUAAAAACUGUUUGUACAUGUAGAAUUUAUGGAUGAAAAACUACCACAGUAUUUAAAUUAUUGUGUCUAUCAAUUAUCUUACAUAUUGAGGCAUUUCAAGUUAGGUUUCGUAACUUCGUAACCCCCGUAAACUUAUGAAACUUUUGACGAAACCUGGGAACAUCUCUCAAGUAAUUUUUGCUAACAAUUAAGCUAUUCAUAGAAGAUAAUCAUCAUGUUUUUAGUUCGUAAGCUUACGUGGUUACGGAUUUAUGAAGGUUGACGUGAAAUGCCUAAUUGUUUAAUAAGUAAAAUCAUGGGGUUUGUAUUGCCAAGAAGUUUAUACUGAUUUGUUUCCAAAUUAUGAUAAGUCUUGUAUUUAAUUUUAUAUGCGAAUGUAAAAACCAAUCAAUUGAAAUUCUGUGUCAAAUCAAACACGCUGUAAAUACGACUACUUUUGCUAUUCGGUGCAUUGCCAUCCUAUUCAGAAUGACGAAAUAAUGAACAAUGAAUGAUUGUUGCUCUUAAAAACUGAGUAGAUUAUUGUAUAAUUGAGUAGGUCUCUUUAUUUAUCAUGUUUAAUACGUUACUUGUUACAGCAGCUAAUCAUUUUAUACAAAUAAUAAAGCUGAAGAUUAUCACAAUGA